AUGGCAUUGACGCAUAUAGUCCCCCUAAUGGACACUCAAUCUUUCUCAGAGGCUGAGCUGAUUAAACAUUUUACAUAUUCCUACAUACCUCUUCGUCAGGUCCGGAGGGCUGCGAGUCGGCGACCCAAUGGCCGCAUUGCUACCGAGAGCAUAUGGCUAAGAAUAAUCGGACACCUCGAUGACAGCGUGUGCCUCUACCAAAAGCAGAAGACCCUCCAUUCCCUUUCUCUAACCUGUCGAUUCUUCAACGAAUUCGCUACAAGAGCUCUCUAUCAAACCCUUGAUCUGCAGUACCACGGAGAGCGGGAUUCGGGGAUAUCUGAAUGCACCUGCUCAACCCAUAAAAAGCUGGCGAUUGACUCGAAUCGACCACGUAAACGGCACCCCCUCAGAAACAAACUCAAUAGGCUCAUUCGGAGUCUCCGUUCUCGACCCAAUUUGCCCGGAAACGUUUUGCACUUGAAACUCCCGCAUGAGUAUCCCAUUCCCAAGCUCAUUGAGCAGCCAUCCGAUGGAGAUGAACCAAAUCCCAUUACUGCGAAGUGGUUUGAGAUAUUCAGAAUAUGUUCUCCUGGACUGAACACUGUUGUGGGACUGGAUGCUUUGUUGGAGGAAUUUCUGGAUCGUAGUAGCCUGAGGCUAGAUAUUGGUUACAAGUUGUGGGAAGCUCUGGAGAGGAAUAAGAAGUGGCAAGAGUGGGAUUUCACCAACUGGUCCCUAGCAUAUCUCCCUGGCCUCAAUAUUUUGGGGUUCCCGCCAGCAGAACCUCCAGAAGAUUCUGGCUGGAGUAUUGGAAGACUUCAGCAAACAUUUGCGAGCUGGAAGAACCUUAAGCACGUUACUUUGAGAGAAACGGCUUGGUUGCAAGGUGCCCUUCACUCACUCCCGAGACUACAGUCGGUGACUAUCAAUGCGGACGCAUUCACAAAUUUCGAUAAUAUCUUCCAGCAUAUUCCUGCAAAGAACCUACAGUCGUUAUCAUACAGCUGUGAGGAGCUGCACGCUGAGGAUUUCCGCUCAAAGGGGCCUGAUUACUUGAGUUCGGAGCCUUUCGAACCAUUAAUUAAGUUUCUGGAAGACACAAACUCAUCGCCUUCGAUCCUACCGGUUCUCAAGAAAAUCAGCAUUAAUUUUCAAUGGUGGAACGAUGAACACAAGCCAUACAACUCUGGGAUGAAUUUCCGCCAACUCGUAUCUUCAAUUUUUAGCUCGGUCCCAAUGCUGGAAGAGUUGAACUUAACCAUUGCAACAUAUCACGAACGAAUCAUUGGGGCCGAAGAGACGAAUGAUCUUGUGCAAGAGCUCGAACAGCAGUCAAUCGCCAACACAGUUCUUGCCCCUAACCUUCGAAGCAUGUCUCUGUCAGUUCCAGCACAAACGAAUACUGAAUGGUUGGCAAGAAAGAUCGCUUCUGGAGCCUUUCCAAAUCUUAGAAGCUUCAACUUCGAGUCUUCUUUGAGUAAAGGCGAAUUUAACGAAUGUAUAAUAUGUACAGAGUUUGAGGAUGCGAAGUCGGUACGGGAUCUGGCAAAAGGUCAGGAUCAACUAUUGAUUAGUGCGUGCCAAGAAUUCGGGGUAGAUAAGUGGGCUAUGAGUGUCCGGAACAAACCUAAUAAUACUUGCCCCAUUUUUGCUAUGGACGAGAACUACAUGUAG